UUUACGACCGGAAUCUGAGCCUGUGAACACACCCCUGACUCUACGGCUUCUGUUCUGGUCCGGUUCUGUUCUGAACUGGUGGAUCGGGUUCAGGUUUGCGAUGGAGCUGAAGGACUUCUGCCUGAUAGACUUUCACUUCAUGAGUCCACAGCGCCUCCUGGACUCCUCAUCCUCCCCUGCUGAUGAAGCUCAGUCAUCGGCUGCCUUUCCUGAUUCCUCCCCCCUUGACCCCUCACGCCGGGCCUUCCUCCUCCCCAGCCCAGCCACCUCUUCCUCCUCCUCUUCCUCCUACAGCCCCCUCUGUGGAGCGCCGGAGCCCAACUCCCCGACCGGAUCUACUUCCAGCGGAGGAAGCGUCGGAGGCAGCGCCGCGGUCUCACAGGCCGCGCUGGGCUUUUCUCCCGAUUCCUUUUCGUCCCAGGUGGACUCCAUCCUGAGGGGCGACUACCUGACACCCAUGGGUGCCGCGGGGCCCAAGAGGCUGUGCCUGGUGUGCGGGGACUUUGCCUCCGGCUAUCACUACGGCGUGGCGUCCUGCGAGGCCUGCAAGGCCUUCUUCAAGAGGACCAUACAAGGCAACAUUGACUACAGCUGUCCCCUGGUGAGCGAGUGUGAGAUCACCAAGCGGCGGAGGAAAGCCUGUCAGGCCUGUCGCUUCCACAAAUGUCUCCAAGCCGGGAUGCUGAGGGAGGGAGUGCGCAUGGACCGGGUGCGAGGAGGUCGACAGAAGUACAAGCGGCGGAUGGAGGCGGGUUCACACCGAAAGCUCCGCCCUCGAACUCCACCCCCCCCAGCCCCCCCUUCUGUCUCUUUAUUCACCGUCGCCUGUCUUUUAGGAAACAAGUUAGUCUCCCAAUUGCUGCUGACAGAGCCCGCCCCCCUCGACGCCAAUCAGGACAACUCCACCAAUGACGGCAGCCUGCGGAACCUUCUGACACUGUGUGACCUCCUGAACCGGGAGCUGCUGCUUCUGAUUGGCUGGGCCAAGCAGAUCCCAGGUUUCUCUGGGCUCUCAUUGGUCGACCAGAUGUCGCUACUGCAGAGCGGUUGGAUGGAGGCCCUGCUGGUGGGCGUGGCCUGGCGGUCGCAGGAGGCUAAGGGGGAGGAGCUUGUGUUUGCCAGAAACCUGCGGCUGGACGAGGCCGAGUGUCGAGCCGCGGGAUUGGCCGACCUGCACGAGGCGCUGCGUCACCUGACAGCCAAAUACCGGGCGGUGCACCUGAGCGCCGAGGAGGCGGUGACGCUGAAGGCCGUGGCGCUCGCUAACUCUGACGCGGACCCGGUGGACUGCCCCGACGCGGUGCACAGGCUCCAGGACGGGCUCCACGAGGCGCUGCAGGACCACGCGGCGUCCCGCGCCGAGCCGCGGCGGGCCGGCCGGCUGCUGCUGAGCCUCCCGCUGCUGCGGCAGACGGCCGGCCGCGCCGUGGAGGCUUUUCUCCGGCUGCACCGCCGCCGCGUCCCGCUGCACAAGCUGCUGCUGGAGAUGCUGGACGCCAAGGCCUGAAUGACGUCAUCUU